CAAGAAAUAGGUCAAACAAACGAACUGUCUGGGCUGGGUUCAUUCAACACAGAGGCUAACUUGUUCUAUUUUUAGUGUCGGUGCCAGUUUUCCAGGGAGUGAGGCCUUUGGUGAGGCUGCUCCUGUAAGCCUACUCUGUAGGCUACCCCAAUGAUACGGUCUCUGGGCUACCCCAGCGAGUCUAGAGCGCUGUACAGGCUUACCUGACCGCUGAUGUCUGUGGCGGCGGUGUGCCGUGUGAGUGAGUCUGGGGUCCGGAAGUGUGUUCUACGUGAAGAGAGGAAAGAUAAAACCGAGGGCCUUCAGUAGAAGACACAGGAUAAUAUUUAGAUUCUAUAUUCACUAAUAAUCGUAAUUCACAUGAGUAUGAAUGAACUAGUGUAAAUUGCUUCAAUUGGAAAUCAAGAUAGAGAUUGGGCGCCCAGAGCAGACUAAUUUCUUGUAGAAGGUUCAGCAUUUAAAAGUCUAGCCGCUAAGCAAUACACACGUUAUAUAUCCCGGUUGUUUUCUGGAUUUGUAGUGCAAGUACUGUCCUGUGGAAUAUUGCCUCGGUCAGGUAUGCCUCUCUGAGUAUAUUUUGAAAAUACUGAGCAUGACUUCUCGAUCUGAAGCCAUCAAAUUGUACCGGCCUCCCAAUGAGUGUGGUGAGGAGCGCUGCGGCACAGAGCUUUGGGAGUUUGUGUACUGUGUGGCCAUACCAGGUGCUGUGCUCCUGUUGAUUCUGAUAAUCCUCUCUCGGAUCAUGUGCUGCAGCAAAUCAUGUGCCUGUGGGAAGUAUUCCUCAUUUUCAGGAGAUGCAAAUGACAUCCAAAUGGAUACCUAUAACUCUAUCCGGCGUGCAUCAGCCACUGUUCGACAAAUGUCACACAACCGAGAAACAGCACUGUUAGGCAGCCGGGCAGGUUCUGUGACCUUGGACAGGUCAUAUCGACGUCAACCACGAACAAGAGAUUCUUGCCAUUCUGCACCUGGCACUUUGCAAAGACAGCACCGGAGAGGACACGCUGAGAGAGACAACUCUGCAGAACCCCCAGCCUAUUCUUCAACUACUGAGGAUGAAAAUGGAAUGUGGCGCAGGUCACGUCAGAAUAGAUACUCAGACCAGCCUGCACCACCACCACCUCCCCCUUACAGCACACUCCCAGAUGAUGUAUUUCUUGGGCCAGACUUCCUUGGAUCAGAAGACAGAACCCAAGCUUCUGCUAGAUAUGAUGAAAGCCCUGAACACAAUGGCAGUGGGGCCCAACCUUUACUUCCUCAACAUUACAUGAGAUAGUGAAAGAAAGGCCUUUGCAGAAUCAAUUUCACAAUGAUGCUUUGAUACAAUACAUCUUUGUACCUUGUCUGGCUAUAUUAGUAAUGUUACAUUAUAAAUAGACAGAUCAAUUAAGAGCACAAUGUAUUGUCUUAGUGUCUGAUGUAUGUGGUUGCUAACUACUAGUAAGGUAUUAAAUAAGUGGAGGUGGGAGGGGGUUAUUGCUAACACACCAUUCUUUCUCCUUCAUUAUUGUUACCUUUUUUUCAUACAUUGUUCAACAGCUUUGGUAACAUUGUUAUUCUCUGCUGUUAUUUGACUCGCAAACAAAUGAAAAUUCAGCUUUAUUCUGGACACAUUCAGGACUAUCAGGCAACAGUCAUGUGUUUCUUGUUGUAAAAAUUUUCACCGUUACUGUUUCCAUGCUGUCAGAGCUUUUGAGAGCGAUUUUUAAUCUUAAAUAUGUGUCAAAUCUCAAUGUAUAAUCACUACUGUACUUGUCCAUACUUAGGAAGAUAAUUAUGUGGUCUUUUCCACUGCACCUCAUUUAAAAAUCUCUCAAUAGGAGUUUGGGACAAAGUAUUUGAUUAAAUAUUAUCAUGCUGAGCACAGCACAUUCUUUGAUUAUUCCUUGAUAAUAAAAGAGAGGUAGGUUUUGUUGACUGUAGGCCUAUGGUUUGUUUGUUCCCAUUUCUUGCAUUAAAGAUUUUCCAGUGUCUUCUUUGAGCCAAAACAUUUCAAGACAUUCAUAUUUUCAAUUUCCAAGCCAUUUCGCACAUUACCUCAUGGCCGUGUGUGAACAUUGUGCUUGAAUAUUUUGUUUUUAGUUUUGUCUUGUUCUUUUAAAAGGAUAAAAACGUCAGGGUUGAUUAUGUAGAAGAAAGAUUUUUUCUUAUUGACGAGUUUGAAAUGUCCUUAUUUUACUCCCAGUACACAUGGAUGAAAGUUUCAUCAAAUCACAAUUUACUAUUGGUUUGAUAAUUUUGAGAACAGCCAGAUUUUCCUUUGCUUAGGUGCAAAAGCUACAUUUUUGGCUCAGUCUAAUUAAAUCCUUCAAUGUCAAUUUAUGAGUUUUAUUUUCUAGGUCAUGAUCGGGUCCAUUUGAAUCAUAGCCAACGACUGCUCGAUCAGAAGGUUACCAGUACCAGUAUGUGUGGCAUGACAUUGAGUAGUCAGAUAUUUUGUCAGUUCCUGUAAUGCAGCCCUGAUGAUUUCCCUGGUCAAACUGAUAACAUAAAGCAAAGAUCUUUUUGUAUCCUUUUAUUGCAUUUACUGGCCAACUGCAUUUCCUAACAGGCUCCGACCUCAUCAUGCAGAUUAGAUCCAUUUAGCCAAUGGACAUCUGUUCUUGUCUAAUCUUGUACAAAUCAAAUGGAAUAGCCAAGGUAGGGAUAGGGAUGAUGGCUGAAUACCUGAUGUUUUCAGAAAUUCCUUUAUGCAUUUUUUUAUUUAUUAUUUUUAUGAAUGAGUUACAACUGCUUUAUUUUAGAGAUCAAAUAAAACAUUGUUCCGAAUG